AUGGAAUAUCCAUUUCCAGAGGAGGAGAAAGUGCGCCGAGUUUUGAGGGAAUUGAGAACAAGAGAACGAAGUCAGGAGAUCGAGAACGACAUCCGCACACUUGAACGGGUUCUCGAGGAUCCCUCUUUUCGGAAGCAUCUCACAUCACCGACUCCACAGAUAGUCACAGAAGAGGAGCCACCAACAACAAAACCCUCCGCCACAGCACUAGCGCCGAAAAAACUUGCUCAAACACCAACGCCGAAUACAGAAAGACUUCGGAGUGAAAUCGAGUCAACACUCAAGGCACAACUCGCAUCGAAUCAGCGAUUGAUAAUAGCUGAAAUCGAUCCAUCUUUGGGUGCAAUCCUUCUCGAGACAGCUGAAGCGAGACCGAGACUUAUCGUUGUUGGGCCACAGGAUAUCAAACAAAAAAGUGGUGGCGCAGUUCGAAUCGGAGAUCGGUGGUUGGCUGUUGCCGCACCCCAUCACAUUCUUCAUCCCCAAGACUCCGAAUGUUCGCGUGGUUCCGCCGAGUCUUGUUGCAGCACCCUCACACAAUUAAGGGCGGAGUGGAGCGGGAUCGCCUCCCGAAGUGUUCGUGCUGGGGUCACUGUUGCUGUUGCCGCACUUCGCGAGAGCACCCCCAUGGUGCUCUCUGGUGAAUGGACCCAAGUGGAGGUGGUGCGGUUGGAGGUGUUGCAGGGAGGGCUGGGAUUUGGAAUUGUCGGUGGGACAUCAACGGGCGUUGUCGUUAAGACAAUCCUACCUGGCAGUCCAGCCGAUAAGGAUCAACGACUUCGCCCGGGAGAUCACAUCCUUCAAGUGGGCAGUGUGAAUACGCAGGGAAUGACGAGUCAACAGGUGGCGACAAUUCUCCGACAACAAGAAAACAUUGUUGAGAUGAUUGUUGGACGACCGAUUGUGGGCACUGAUCGACCUGACGAUACUGCUAAUUGCUGGACAAUGUCAACGAAAGCGGCUCUCAAUCCGAGCACUUUGGAAGAGGAAAUGAGAGAAAGAAGGCACACAAAUGAGACGAUAAAUGUUGUACAAAAUGAACAUGAUGAGAAUAAGGAGUCUACCUCAGCCAACGGGUUUAUCACCAAAGAAGAUAAAGAGAAUCGGAGAGAUUCAAAGGAGAAAACAGAAAAUGCAUUGGAACGGCAAAGCACAAAGACGUCACAAGACGUUGAAGCGUCGACAUCGAAUGCCCCUAGUGCUCAAGAGAGUCGAAGAUCGAGUUUGGCCACGAAAAAUCAAUCCGAUCCCACCACAUCUCAAUCUCCAAUCAUCUCCCUAAAAGCUCUCCAAGAAAUGGCGUUGACAGUGUUUCUUCGAGAAAACUGGGAAAAAGCGGAACGUUUUGAUUUGGUCGAAGUUUUAUUGGAAAGACAUCCAACACUUGGAUUGGGAAUCACCGUCGCUGGAUAUGUGCAUAGGAAAGAAGAAAUCGGUGGCGUUUUUGUGAAAAGUCUUGUGAAGGGAAGUGCCGCGGCAAAGUCGAAACUCGUUCAUCAAAACGAUCUCAUUCUAAAGGUAAACGGUGAAUCUCUCGAGCAUCUCUCACACGCCGACUCUGUGAAAACCCUUGUGAAAAGUGGGCAAAAAGUUACUCUGAGCCUUGUCCGUUUCCAUCCGGAAAGCCCUCAAGCAUUGUGUCUCACCAUGCUUCAAAAACAGGAAACGGAAACACAAGUGAUUGAUGUUCAAUCGUCGGAUCCUGAUCUUGUUGCACAAUGGAAAGAAAAGAUUGCAGGAGACGUGGAGAUCAUUCAAGCAGUGAUUCGACCCGAUAAAAGACAUCCAGUCGGUGAUGGAGGACUGGGCAUUGCUUUGGAAGGAACGGUUGAUGUUGUUGAAGGAGCAGCACUCUGUCCACACCAUUAUAUUGGAUCGAUUCGAAGAGAUGGACCAGCGGCUGGGCUUCUGCAUGCAGGAGAUGAGCUGCUACAGGUGAAUCACGUGCACGUCUAUGGCGAAUCACAUGUAACAGUGAGAGACGCUCUAUCAAGAGCCGUUGCCGCAAAUGCCCCCGUUACCCUCGUUGUCGCCAGAAAGACAGAAACGAUCUCAAUGUGGAUGCCAUCAGCUGAAGCUCCACUCGGCUCGUUGCCCCUUUCCUAUCCACUUCUCGCUUCAGCUAGUCAACAAAUUGCCAAGGCAAAAUCUGAUUUAUGUCUGCCGAGUUGCAGUCGAGAGCCGGAUGAUGCUCAGGAACAGGAUCAAUGGUCUCAAAAGGGACAACGAAUGAGAGCAAGAUCAUUAGAACCACUUGCUGGUUUGGCUGUAUGGGAAUGUGUUCCAUUGAUGGUUUGGUUGCACAAAGACACAAAAGGAUUAGGAUUCUCUGUUGCUGAUUAUAAAGAUCCCCGACAUCCCUCUUCGUCAGUGGUUGUCGUGCAAUCGUUGGUGCCCGGUGGGGUGGCUCAAGCGGAUGGGCGAAUUGUUCCCGGUGAUCGCCUACUUUCUGUCAAUCAACACGAUCUCUCUUGUGCUAGUCUCGAAAGAGCGGUAGCUGUUCUGAAAGCGGCUCCGAUGGGCCCCGUUCGACUGUGUAUCGCCAAGCCUGUGCCCAUCGAUGAAAGGCGUUCGCUUGCCAAUGGCGGAUGGCCUGUGUUGACGAGAGCUGAGAGACAUUUAGCAAAGAGUGCAAGUCCGACAAGGGGAAGACAACUGUCUCGAUCAAUUCAUUCAUCAGAAGAAACGGUUUGGUUAACAAGUGCCGAUCAAUAUCGAGCUCUUCAUCCACAGGGCUAUUUCCCUUCUCGUACCCCAUCAGCUGCCCAUUCUGGACGAUCGAGUAUCUCUGGGUCAAUGGCCUCGAUGGCCUCAUGGUCUCCAUGUUCAUCUCGAUCCGUUUCUCCCGCAUCGCCCAUGAGAUUAGCAGGUUCAUGGGCUUAUGAUGUGAUCUAUUUACCAGCUCAUUUGGAACGAACAGCCAAAAUUCAAAAAGGAGCUCUUCCAUUAGGGAUCACGGUGGAUGCGGAAAGAGAUAAAGGAGUAAAUGGAUGUGUCGUCAGAAGUAUUUGCGGCAAAAAGGCCAUCGCAAGAGAUGCUAGGAUACAGGUUGGCGAUUAUAUCGUGAAGAUCAACCAUGAGACUUUGCGAAACACGACGAGUGCGCAGGCAAGGCAAAUCCUAAAGAGGACGAAUCUCGUUGGGACAACUUGCAGCAUCGUUUACAUCACGGGCGCCGAUGCGAAAAUCUGGAAAGAGCGUUUCGGAAAAGAAGUCGAACCACAGACACCCGAAAUGAAUCGUUUAUCGCCUAGAGUAUUCCCGAAAUUCUAUCGAACGACUUUAAUGGAGAGGAAAGCGUCAAUGGAAAGUCAACCCGAUGUUUCGACGGCUGUUUCGAUUACAGAAACAUCUGAAAUCGACUCUAUUGCUAAUGAUAACGAUAUUCUGAGAUUGACAAAACUGUUGGAAGAGAUUCUUGAAGAAUUACUUGGAGAGAUUAUUGAGUCGGCAUUGCGAGAAGCAUCUCUUCAAUUGGAUAUCCUCUCAAAGACACCAGAUUGGAGUACAGCUAGCAGUGUUCCACUGCAUCCACAACAAACACCCGAAACAAUAAAAAGAGUUGAACGGGAAAGUCUUUUCAGAAGAGAUUCCGAGCCACCAUCAUUUAAAGCAAGUCCCAUUGAGAGUCCUGAGGAGAAAAAGAGAGAUCUCGUUUCUGGAAGUCCCGUUGAGAUCUCAUUCUUGGAAAGUCCAUCAUCUGAAAUCGUUCAAAGAGUUGUCGAUUCUGUACUCGAAGCUGCUUGGAACGAUACUAUCAGAGAAGUUGAAGAGGAAAAUCGACAAAAAGAAGCGCAACUCGUUCAAAAGCGGAUAUCACCGACAACAUCGGGUGAAGAGGCCGAUGCUGAGACACAGAGUGAAUCAAAAGAAGCAAAAUCGAAGAAAGAUGAAGAAAUGAUGAGAAGAGAAAUACCACAACAGCACUAUGAGACAUCGCCGAUCAUACAAAGAGUACCAUUAGAAGCGAGGACACCGAGUGCCGGUAGUGAGACACAGGCUCGAGUUGCCUUGAUGAGAUCAAAGCUUUGGGGAGAGGCGAGAACGGUGACUUUAAAUCGAGAACCCGAUAAAUCUUUUGGUAUCAGCAUCGUUGGCGGACGGGUCGAAGUCUCACAAAAGGGCGGACUCCCAGGCACUGGGAAUACGGUAUCCGGGAUUUUCAUUAAAAGUGUACUGCCGAAUAGUCCCGCUGGAGUGAGUGGCCAAAUCAAUAUGGGUGAUCGAGUGCUUUCCGUGAACUUGGUCGAUUUGCGUGAGGCGUCGCAUGAAGAAGCUGUUGCCGCGAUAAAAUCCGCCGAAAAUCCGGUGAAAUUCGUGCUUCAAUCUCUUCAUUCUUUUGCGCCACAUCAGCAAAUGAUCUCUUCAACUUCAUCAUCAACAAUUGGAUCAAUUCGAAUUGAGAAUAUCCAAAGGACGCAUGAAGCACAAAUUGAGACAAUUUCGACUCAACACGACAUCUCGGUAAUUGAAGAGAAAGGCGUCGACAAAAACGACAACGGCAAAGAUCGAGGCCACAUCUCCGUCAUCACCGAAAAGAGAGCCAUUCGACGACAAGCCACAAUCGAGUCUAAAAAAUCCCUCCAAUCGCAUGUCUCGGAUCAUUCGAUUCACUCGGCUCAUUCAGCUUCAUUAAGAAGUAUUCAAGUUGAUGUCAAUCCAAUCACUCCGUCUACAUCAGUGCAGGACAAAAUCUUCUUUGUGCCGGGAUCGUUUGAGAAAGAAGAUGUGACAGUUGAGGGAAUCGAUGAUGAGAGUGCAGCUGCAUUGAAACGAUCAACAAAAGACAAUGAACCAUUGUCAACGUAUGGAUAUACUCAAGGCAAAAUCGACUUAAAGUACGCGAGUCUACCCGGUGAGGCUCUUUUCUUCCAAUUAAGAGGCAUUCCCGAGGCUGGAUUGGGUUUGUGUCUUGCUGACAGUACAGACACCCUUCCACACGGGGUUCUCGUGAUCUCGGCUCAUCCAGCUUGCCCACUUCCCAUUCGAGCAGCUGAUGAACUACUUGAGGUAAAUGGCAAAGUGUUGAUCGGUCUAUCGCCAACGUCAGCUUCGGGAUAUAUUCGAGAGGCAACCGAGAACGAUUAUAUUGAACUCAUUGUGUUGAGAAGAUAUCAAAAUGAGAAGAUUGACGGAGAAACUUCAAAUGAAAUCCCCUCAACACUGAAUGGAAAAGCCGAAUCACCGAAAGAAGAGGGAAAAGUCGAGAAAGAAAAGGAAAUGACAGUGAGAUUUGAGGAUGAAGGAAGAAAAGGAGAUGCGAAUAGACGAGGAUCCACAUCACCCAGACACGCGGAUAGGAUGAAGCCGCCCACCGAGUCGACUUCUCUUGCACCUCAAGUAAGCGAUGCUCGCAAAAAGUCGAUCGCGAUUGAGAGAACGAUACAAAUUGAGACCGGAAAGGAAACACUCAUCGAAAUUGAUAAGGACGGAAAGGGUCUUGGUCUCUCAAUCGUUGGCGGCGCGGACACAGUUUUGGGCACUGUAGUCAUUCAUGAAGUGUAUCCAGAUGGAGCCGCUGCAAUUGAUGGACGUCUUCGACCGGGAGAUCAAGUUUUAGAGGUGAAUGGCGUCACUUUGCGUGGGGUCACUCAUGAACGCGCAAUCUCGCUUCUUCGACGGACACCAGCAAAAGUGCGCCUUCAAGUGUAUCGAGACGCGAAUCUUCAAAUUUCCCUUCUCGAUCCCACUCAAAUCUAUAACAUUUUCGAAGUGGAAUUGGUGAAAAAACAGGGAAGAGGAUUGGGUUUGUCAAUUGUUGGUCGAAAAAACGAGCCGGGUGUUUAUGUGAGUGAAGUUGUGAAAGGAGGAGCGGCUGAUGCUGAUCGUCGAUUGUUUACUGGAGAUCAGAUUCUUGCUGUCAACGGAACCGAUGUGGCUAAUCUAAUGCAAGAGGAAGUGGCUGCGAUGUUAAAAGCUUGCGUUGGAAAAGUGACAAUCAAAUUGGGACGAUGGAAGAUAACAGAAGCUGCUGAUAGAGUACAUGCAGCAGCUGAAGCAGCUAGAGCGACCAUCACUUCGACAACACCUAGGGAUGAAUCGGCAAGUUCAACAGCCGCCGGCACUCCAACAGAUGGAAAAAGAAUGGAUCGAGAAGGGACACUGAGUCCAUUGGUUGAAGAACCGUCCAGCUCAGGCACAUCACAUCAAGUGAACACAAUUCCGACUCCGAAAAGGAUCGGUGGCAUCGACGAGUGGAAGACUGAGUUUGGCGCCGGGAGGAACGGGAAUGGGCACAUCACCGAGGGAUCCGAUACAUUGCUUCUCGAAUUGAAAAAGCAAGUCGAUCAACAACUUGGAAUGGGAAUCGGUAAAAGAAGCCGCGGGAUCCUUGUGACAUCACUGCAACCGGGAAGUGCAGCUGCCGAAAAGCUGAAAGUCGGAGAUCGAAUCUUGGCCGUGAAUGCGCUUCCAGUCACUGAUCAGCUCUCAGCGGUGACUUUCGUGAAGAACUCAGGUGAGCGUCUUUUCCUUCAAAUUGGUCGUCCUCAUCAGAAUCCUCAUUCG